AUGCAGCCCCCCCGGCGCGGUGGGCAGGCGAAGGGGGCGAGGCAGGGAGGAGAAAGGCGUUUGGAUGAGAGAAUCUCCGGGAAAAGCCAGAUUCUUUUCGCCCUCGUCUUCACAACCCGCUACCUGGACCUGUUCACCACCUUCAUCUCAGCCUACAACACCGUGAUGAAGGUCAUUUUUUUGAUAUGUGCCUACAUCACCGUGUACAUGAUCUACGUGAAGUUCCGCAAGACGUUCGACAGCGAGAACGACUCCUUUCGCCUCGAGUUCCUGCUGGUCCCUGUCACCGGCCUGGCAUUUCUGGAGAACCACAGCUUCACUCCCUUGGAGAUUCUCUGGACCUUCUCCAUCUACCUGGAGUCCGUGGCUAUCCUUCCCCAGCUCUUCAUGAUCAGCAAGACGGGGGAGGCGGAGACCAUCACCACGCACUACCUGUUCUUCCUGGGGCUCUACCGCGCGCUCUACAUUGCCAACUGGGUCUGGCGCUACUACACGGAGAGCUUCUACGACCAGAUCGCCGUCGUCUCCGGGGUGGUACAAACCAUCUUCUACUGCGACUUCUUCUACCUCUACGUUACCAAAGUCCUAAAAGGAAAGAGGUUAAGUCUUCCCAUGCCUGUUUGAAGACGCUUCCACUGACGACCCAAGAAAUCCUGGAGAUGAAGCUCUUUGGAUCAGAGUUUUCCUUUCCAGGCCCUUUUUGACUAAUGGAUGGCUCAGCAGAGUUUUACUCCAG